AUGGAUCCCAAGGAAUAUCAACCGGUCGAGCAAGUGGAUGCCAAUCCAGAAGCCGGCUUUGAACUAGAAGAGCAGGCUCCUUUCCUGUCGCCCUCCCAGGGAUCUGGCAAGUUAACUAAUGUGCCUGCUCGUUGGCCUUGGAUCCUUUCGACUGCUGUACUAUUUGUUAUUGCUACAAUUCUCCUCUUCUGGAAUCAGCCACAAUGUUCGUUUGGUAAAGAAAGCUACGAGGCCGGCUUUACUACUGAUCUUGCGGCCGCAUUCCCUGUAAUCGAGCUUCAUAAAGUUCAAUUCACUGGUGGUUUGCAUUGGGAUGAGAACGGAACCUUAGUGCGCAACUCCCUGCCAAACGGCGAGGAAUGGGUAGGGUCGCCUACUCCAGAGCUAGAUGCCAGAUGGGAUCAUGUUGUUGAUGCUGCGGGGAUUGAUGUGUCAGGCAAAGAAGCUGAUAUGGUCCGAGGUACUACACGGCAGCGCCCGACGGGAGAAUAUAUAACAGGACUUGACGUUUUCCAUCAGUUACAUUGUUUGAAUAAACUUCGACAAUCGCUCUACCCUGAUUAUUACCAUGACCCGGAUGGACCUUUGAUCAAAAGCCUUCACAUCGUCUAUUCACCUUCUGCAGACCGAUGGAGCCCAGACUUCGAACGGCAACAUACAUGUCGCAACUUCCAAAAGCUGCUUGACUGGUCACUGGUGCGAUUGAAUCCAGAUACAGACGAGUUUACGCGGUCUGGGAAUGGGCACCAUUCCAGUGGACAUGGUCACUAA